UAACAGCACAUGAAGUGUUACAGGUUUUUGUCAUAGGUUGAGCAUCAAGACACGUAAAUCAGCACCUUUAUCAACACAUCAGUCUCAUCACAUGGUCCUAAACAAAGCUGCGUGAUUAUCGUCAAAGACAUGGGACACGCAAAAGAAUUUCCCCAUGGCAAGAAUUUUAAGUGCUGCCCUCACAGGGAAUAAAAGGAAAAAAAUCGGAGCCCAUUACCCCCCUUUCUCACCCUUCGGUAGAAAAGGGUGCAUUUACCGUAGCAGGGGGAGCACGAACCGCUCUCUUCCCCCACGCCUGACCGGGCCCUUUGUUGGGGCGCGGCUCUCCGGGCCCCGCCGCCGCCACGGGCCGAUUUUUGCCGCAGUCCCGCGGCCGGCGGGCCCCGCUCGGCUCCCUGCGGGCAGCGAGAGCUCCUCGGGCGGGCGGAGCGCGGCGGGCCCGGGGUGACUCCGCCGGGAGCCGCUCCGGGCCCGGCCGCCUUUGGGCUCCCGGGGGCGGGGCCGGGCGCGAGCCGGGAGCGCGCGCGGCCCCGCGGGGAGAGAGGGCGGGAAAGCGGCGGCCCGCGGGGGGAAGGGCGCGCGCAGAGCCCGCCCCGGCGCAGUCCUCAACCAGGUCGGACCCACGGCAAUAAAGGGAGGAGCAGGGGGAGAGAAGCGAUACUGAGCAGUGCUCGAUUGUAGCGGGAUCAUGUCUGGCAGGGGUAAGGGCGGCAAGGGGCUCGGCAAGGGCGGUGCUAAGCGGCACCGCAAGGUGCUCCGCGAUAACAUCCAGGGCAUCACCAAGCCGGCCAUCCGCCGCCUGGCUCGGCGCGGCGGCGUCAAGCGCAUCUCGGGGCUCAUCUACGAGGAGACGCGCGGCGUGCUGAAGGUGUUCCUGGAGAACGUGAUCCGCGACGCCGUCACCUACACGGAGCACGCCAAGAGGAAGACGGUCACCGCCAUGGACGUGGUGUACGCCCUCAAGCGCCAGGGCCGCACUCUGUACGGCUUCGGCGGCUAAACUCCAUUGAAGCUCAUACUGUCUGAAAACACCAAGGCUCUUUUCAGAGCCACCCAUAAAUCUCACAAUAAGAGCUGUUUAUUACUGGCUUAUCUGUGUCUGUUAUU